GAAUCGAUGGGCGGGUGGAUGGAUGGAUGGGUUGGAAUCCGCGGUGCUCAGCGAGUUCGUGGUUUCCCUGUUGCGGCCAGAAGCCCUUCGGGCGAGGCCCUGGGAUGCUGGGGAAAUCCAGCCCUCCUGCAACGUUUGGCCUUUAUUUUACUUGGCAACGGAUGCCAGCAGAAAACCAGAGGGUCUGCCGUUCAGAUCAUAACCGGCCUGAGAGGGGGCACUGAUGGACAUGUGCUGAUAUGCGGGGUGGGCUCGCUUGGAAGAACUAUCUAGAAAGUCUGGGGAGAGAUGAGCCACGGAACCACGCAUUGAAAUAAAGCGCAUUAGGUGUGCCUCGAGACUGUGCUGCUGGCAGUCUCGCUUGCCUAUUUUCAUUACCCGAAUCCAUGAUGUCGCCAAAUUUAUUUGGCAUUUUUAAAGCGUGAACUUAGAAUCCCGACAGGAGAAAAAAUACCGGGUUCCGCAGACUGAUUUUCUUCUCCGUGGAUUCUAACCGAGUUGACUGCCCUGAUUACAGUCAGAACAGAUAAAGAUUUCUAUUGCUAUGAUUCCAUAGCUUCAACUGUGUUUUACUUUGGGGGAGCUGUUUCUCAAAAGGAUGAGGCUCGUAAUCCUAGACAAUUAUGAUUUGGCAAGCGAAUGGGCUGCAAAGUAUAUCUGUAACCGCAUCAUCCAGUUUAAGCCUAACGAAAGCCGGUAUUUCACUCUUGGCCUGCCAACAGGAAGCACACCUUUGGGAUGCUACCAGAAACUGAUAGACUAUCACAAAAGAGGAGAUCUCUCUUUUAAAUAUGUGAAGACAUUCAAUAUGGAUGAAUACGUAGGGCUUCCAAGGAAUCACCCAGAGAGCUACCACUCUUACAUGUGGAACAAUUUUUUUAAGUAUAUUGAUAUAGAUCCAAGCAAUGCUCAUAUUCUCGAUGGGAAUGCACCAGAUCUCAAAGCAGAGUGUGAUGCAUUUGAAAAGAAGAUAGAAGAAGCUGGGGGAAUAGAGCUGUUCGUUGGAGGCAUUGGCCCAGAUGGUCACAUAGCUUUCAAUGAACCCGGAUCCAGUUUGGUGUCAAGGACAAGAUUGAAAACACUAGCCAUGGAUACCAUUCUGGCAAAUGCAAAAUACUUCGAUGGUGAUUUAUCUAAGGUUCCAACUAUGGCAUUAACGGUUGGUGUGGGGACAGUCAUGGAUGCCAGGGAAGUCAUGAUUCUGAUCACGGGAGCACACAAAGCCUUUGCUUUAUACAAGGCAAUUGAAGAAGGGGUCAACCAUAUGUGGACAGUUUCUGCCUUCCAGCAACAUCCCCAUACUAUCUUUGUAUGUGAUGAAGAUGCCACUUUAGAACUCAGAGUUAAAACGGUUAAGUAUUUUAAAGGUUUAAUGCAUGUGCACAACAAACUUGUGGAACCUCUACAUAGUAUGAAAGAGCAAAACUGAAGGACAAAUCCACACUGGAUUCAUUGGGUUAACCCUGGCAGUGUGUUUCAGGGAGCAGACUGCCACGCAAUAUCGUGAAAAACUGGCUGAAACCUAGUAUCUUUCAAACCCAGGGUUUGUUGUUCUUUUUCCUUGCGGUCCAAAUAUACGCGCACAUUCCUCUCAGUGCUGUUACAAGGCCUGUUCUCUGCUUCCCCAGACCUAUUUUGCCUGCUGAAUAUUGUAAGCUGUCCGGAAUGAUGGAACAGUUAUGGUGGAAGAGGAUAUCUCAAAGAAGCUACCCAGGGGGAGAACAGUGUUCUCGCAGGGGUCUCUGCAGGAUGUGGUCAAAAACGGUGGAGAUGGUGCCCGCCCCAAUGUGAUUUAAGUUCCACUUUUUUUUACGUGCAGGAUUUUGAUCACACCGUCAUGGCCUUCUUGACUUUUCUGACUGUACCCUGCAGACACUCCUGGCUCUUUAACUCGAAUACAAACACUUCUUUGUUGCUCUUGCUUUCGAUCUUGGCCUCUUGUCAUUAAUCAUGACUGAGCAGCAGGCACUUUACAAUCAGAUGUUUACAUACAACUCUCAUGUCUACACCUCAGCAAUUCAUUGCCUUAAAAUCUACACCUUCUUACCUGUGGGGGUAGAAUAUGGUGCGGAAGAGUAUGAGCAGAGUAUCUAUCCUGUAAACAAUCAUUCUGGCAAUUUUUUGAAAGCUGCCCUUGCUUUGUUAGUUUUCUUUUUAAAAAAUGGCCAUCUUCUAGACUAACCUUAAAUGUUUACUUAUUUCUUUCUGCUGUGAUACUCAUUUGAAAGGGGAGGGAUGUUAAAUAAUUUGGGCCGUUUUCCAUGGUUAUUCUUGCCAGAAAGGGGAAAUGGGCGACGGAGUCUAUAUAUUUUGAAUGCCAAUGCAACUGUUAAAAUCUCCUGUGCCAUGCUCAUAUGAUUUUAGCUAAAAUAAAGAAUCGUAUUGCUAA